AUGUUGCCAUGCAUUUGUUGGCUGCGGCUGAUCCUUCUCUCACUGUCCUCUGUGUUCUGGUCACGGGCAGACAAUUGCCCCUCCAGCUGCUUGUGCCCAGACCCUCACACUGUAGACUGCAGCGGCCGUGGACUCACCCGUCUUCCUGAAGAGAUUCCUCUGGAUGUCCGUCGUCUUUUGCUCGCCGACAACUGGAUUCUACGUAUUCCCUCAGACUUUCUAGUUCUGUACAGCGACUUAGUCUAUUUGGACCUCCGGAACAACUCUCUGUCCCAGAUUGAACCUGGGACAUUAAGUACUUCCUCCAGGCUGGUCUUCCUGGACUUGGGUAGUAAUAAUUUGACUGAGAUCCCACAAGGCACUUUUGGGGAGUCCCGUAGCUUGAUCAAACUCAGACUCGGAAACAACCCUUUUCUGAGCAUGGUCAGUGAGGACGCUUUCCUUGGUCUCACCUCUUUAAGAGAACUAGAACUGGAGCGGAAUGCAUUAUCCACCUUAAAAGUGGGGGCACUGAACCAGCUACCCUCCCUGAGAGUUGUUAGGCUGGAGGGAAACCCUUGGGUUUGUAACUGUAAUUUUGCAAACCUGUUCACCUGGCUCAUGGAAAACAGCCGUAAACUUCCAAAUGGGCUUGAAGGAAUAGAGUGCUCCCUCCCCAUGGACGGGCGGAGAGUUUCGCUCACACAGCUCUCCAAAGACAGUUUCCGAGAAUGCCAGGCCACACUGACUCUCACUGACCUGCUCAUCAUCAUCUUCUCUGGCAUCUCUGUGUCCGUGGUGGCCAUCAUGACCAGCUUCUUCCUGGCCUCCACCGUUCACUGCUUCCAGCGCUGGAGUAAAGGGACUAAAGGAGACGAGGAGGAAAGUGAAGAGUGA